AUGGCGACGAAGCUUGUGCAUCCCGCCGCGCACGUCCACGACCCGUUCGACUCCACCAACCCGCCGCUGUACCAGACCGCCACCUUCGGUCAGCCCUCCGCCACGGAGAACGGCCCUUACGACUACACGAGGUCCGGUAACCCCACUCGCGAUUUACUCGAGAAGGAGAUGGCCGCGCUGGAGGGCGCCGACAGAGCGUUUGCCUUCUCCUCCGGCAUGAGCGCGCUCAUGUGCGUCACCAGGCUGGUGAAGACCGGCGAGCGGAUCGUCACCGGCGACGACAUCUACGGCGGGACCUCGCGUCUCUUGGCGCAGGUUGUGCCCAAGGUUGGCAUCGAAGUCGUCAACGUCGACAUGAACGAUUUGGACGCGGUUCGACGCGCCAUCGAAUCCGGGCCAACCACGAUGGUCAUGCUGGAGUCUCCAACCAACCCGCGGCUGCAGAUCACCGACAUCCGCAGAAUCUCGGAGAUGGCGCACGCCAAGGGUGCGCUCGUGUGCGUGGACAACUCCAUGAUGGCCCCGGUGUUUGCCAAGCCUCUCGAGUUGGGAGCGGACAUCUCGAUGACCUCCGCGACAAAGUUCAUCAGCGGCCAAUCCGACAUCACCGGAGGCAUCCUGGCCGUCAAGGGCGAGCAGCUCGGUAAGGACAUCUACUUCCACCAGAACGCGGAGGGUUUGCACCUCGGCCCGUUCGACUGCUGGCUGGCGCUGAGGGGCAUCAAGACGAUGGCGCUGCGCAUGGAGCGGCAGCAGGAGAACGCGAUGAAGAUGGCGCGUUGGCUCGAAGCUCACCCCGCGGUGACCUACGUCAACUACCCCGGGCUGGAGUCCAACAAGGGCCACGGCCUCCACAAGUCGCAGGCCAGCGGCACGGGCAGCAUCCUGUCCUUCGCCACCGGCGACGUCAACCUCAGCAAAAUCGUGGUGGAGAAGACGGAGUUGUUCAAGAUCACGGUGUCAUUCGGUAACACCUCGUCGCUCAUCUCGCUGCCGUGUUUCAUGUCGCACGCGUCGAUCCCCGCGGAGGUGCGGGCGGCUCGCGGCCUGCCCGACGACCUCGUGCGAAUCAGCGCCGGCAUCGAGGACGCCGACGAUCUCAUCGCGGACCUGGAGGAGGCGUUCGAGGAGGCCAUGGCGGCCACGGGCUGGCACUCCAAGAACGGCGGCGGGGGACGCGUCACCGACGGUUCCGCGAGCCUGAUGGACGCGGCGGCGAGGAGGGAGGAUGAGCUGUUGAGGAGGAUCGCGGCGCUCGAGGCUCAGCUCGCGGGGCAGCACAACGUGAAGAGCCCGCCGCGGUAG